UUUCCCGAGUGUCCGCAAAUGCAGCACUGGUCCAGGAUGAGUUCAGGCACCAUGCUGCCAUUAAAACACCCAAAACAGAAAUAAUGAUGGCCACAAAUAACGUGGUUAUUGAAGCCCAAAAGCUGGAGUCCUGUGGGGCAGCAGGGAAUGGAGACAGCUCUAUUCAAGUCAAGAUAUUACAGGUCCCAGCCAAAUGUGGACCAAUCCCUGCUGUGCAACCUCCACCCACAGCUGCAGGUGUCUCCAAAGGUGUUUCUGUCUCUGCCCCACCUAAAGUCAUCCCAGUUGGCCAUGUCUACCAACCUACCUCCUCUACAGUUACAGUCUCAGGGCGUCACACUUCCUGUCCCUCUGUCAUGGUGGUAGCAAAGGUGGCCACCACAGGAGGAGUGUGCGCUAACGGCCACCCACAUGUAGAAAAACCAGCCUUGAGCCAGGUGGCCUCUAUGAACCAGACCACAACCCCAGGAAGGACAGUGGUGAUAACCGUACCAAGGGCAGCAGGUCCACAGACGGUCACUGUGGCCCCUCGGCUGCCACAGACUGCCUCCCCACAGCUCCCAGCCAAUAUUCAGAUACCACCAGGUAUGAUGUUGAUCCGCAGUGACAGUGGUCAGCUGAUGCUCGUAUCCCAGCAGGCUUUGGCACAGGCUCAGCAGGCACCAAGAGGUGUCGGCAGUCAAGCACCGAGAAUACUGGUCCCACAGGUAUCUGCAGCAGCUGGAAAUAAAAGUCAUGAGAAGGUGACCGUGAUCAGGAUGGCAGCCCCUCCCAGUUUCCACCCAGCACCAGUCCAGAAGACCGCUGUGGUCAAGGUGAUUGGUGUGACUCCCAAACCAGCUGUAGUCCAGACCCUCAGUGCUGUGUCUGAACGGGGCAGCCAGCCUCGCAUUCACGCAGUCGUCACAGAACCCAAAAAGGAGACACCAACCGCUGUUAGUCAGGCGACCCUGGAAAGUGUGAAGAAGUGCAAGAACUUCCUGGUGACUCUGAUCAAGCUGGCCUCCAGUGACUCCAGGUCUGCCAACAUGGCUAACAACGUCAGAGGACUGGUCAGAAGUCUGCUGGAAGGGAAGCUAGAAGCGGAGGAGUUUACAGACCAGCUUUAUCGUGAGUUGAAGUCCACUCCACAGCCCUGCUUGGUGCCUUUCCUCAAGAAAAGCCUUCCUGCAGUGCGUCGCCUCACUGCAGACCCCCAGUUAUUCAUCCAACAGGCUUCAACUUCUACCAGCAACCUCAUGAAGCAGUGCAGCACUGUCACAGGACAGAACGUCAGCACCAGCCAGCAGGUUAUCCAGCAGCCUCCAGGAGUGACUCUGAGACCGGGUAUGACGACAUUAGUCCAGUCCAGAAAUUACAUAUUGAAGAGCAGCAGACCCAUCCCCAAACACACAGUGGUCCAGUCAGGAAAGCCCUUUGCAGGAACCUUUUCAUUGAAGCAGCCUUUCACCCAGGAGCCACCUCGUUCCACCAGAUUUGCAUUCAAGGACAGUUCAGGAUCAUACAAAGAGGAGGAUGACAUUAACGAUGUAGCCUCCAUGGCUGGAGUCAACCUGAGAGAGGAGAAUGCACAGAUCUUGACCACGGUGGUUGGCUCUGUGGUGCAGUCGUGCCAGGAUCAGCCUUUCCUCACACCGAACCCAGUGCUGCACCGAAUCCUCCGUACAGGACAGGCAUUGGGAGUAACGGAUGUCGGUCCAGAGGUGGUGGCUCUGGUGUCUCAUGCCACUCAGGAGUGUCUCCGUGGGCUGCUGGAGAAGCUCACUGUGAUGGCAGAACACCGCAAGGCGGCCCUGAAGGAGGACUUGUGGCAUGCCAAAGUGAGUGAUGUGCGAUCCCAGCUUCGCUUCCUGGAGGAAGUGGAGAGUUUGAGUCGCUCACACACUGAGGAUCCACUGCAUCAGCAGCUCAAGCAAAGAGCCAAAGAG